CCCGGAGGCCCGGUAUAAAUAAGUGCCAACAAUUGUGCAUCCUCGAGAACCUGUUUCAGCCUUCCACCGCAUAGACUAGAAGGAAUAUUCCACUCAUUCACCUCUCUAAAAUGCACUUCGCUCAUUCCGCACUCUCCUUGUGUUUUUCUGUCAUCGCGAUCUCUCGUUCUGUUCUCGGCUCCGCGUCCGCCACCGUACCGAAAACGCUUUCGCCGCGCACCUCUCUGUCCAUCGACGUAUGUGCAGAAGUAGACGUUAACCUUGCGACUAGUCUCUUAGGGCUUCUCGGCAUUCGACUCCCCGCACAUAUAUGCCUAUGCUUAGGAACCAUUCCAGCUGCUCUAGUAAGUACGCGCUUCUCCGUUAAUAAGUCCCCCAACAAGCAUACUUGCCAGUUUCCUCCUCACUCUCAAAGGGUGUGCAGAAAGGAGGAUCCUUGCGGUUAUGAGUGCAUAGAUGGGUAUUCCAAGGCCAGCGAUGGUCAUUGCUAUUGCCCUUCUGAUAAAUACGAGUGCAAUGGAAGAUGCCAAACCGCCGCAUGCCCUAACCCUUCAGCUCAUUCGCGUCGUCGGGCAGUUCAAUUAGCCCUUGCUCGUUGCCCGACUGGGUACGAGAAAUGUGGUGUUUAUGGACGCGGUCGCAAUACUCGUGGAUACGAAUGCAUCGAUACUCGCGUUAAUCUCGAGAGUUGCGGUGGAUGUACGUCGUCCCUACCUGGAUUAACUCCUACUGGUCGUGACUGCAGUGCGAUCGCAAAUGCCUCUUCCGUUCGCUGCGUCUCCAGCAAAUGUGUCAUUGAAUUUUGCAGGCCUGGAUACCUUUUGGAUAUCUCUGGCUCAGAAUGCAUUCACGCAAGUCUGGAUUCUUGACCCUUGAUUCUUGGUCGCUUUCUUGUCCUGCUUACUCGCUUCUUGCAAUUUCUUGCCAUUCCUUUCGCUUGUUAUCGAUUGAUAACUUCUACCCCUUUGAGGCUUUGACAGCUUCCUCCUUGAGCUCUGACUUUUGAUGAUUCCUAGUUCACCUAAUCCACCGUAACACGCACACUUACGGUACUUCCUGUCCUUCAACUCUUCUGUAUUCUGUAUAAGUCCUUGUGUCCUGUUCUGACUAUCGUCAAACAGGAUCAAAAUGUUGUAUCGCCAAAUAAUGACUAUGAGUAAUCUUGAGCCGCAUUUAUAUCUGA